AUGUCUAACCCUAUUGUAAAGAGGCCAAGAAAAAAGGUCGUGAAGGCAUGCCUUAAUUGUAGGCGAAGAAAAAUCAAAUGUACAGGAACUUUUCCCUGUUCAAAUUGUGCUGCUUAUCAAUGUGAAUGUGUCUUUGAUGAAACAAAAGAUAUCAUCAAUAAUAACAAUAGUAAUAAUAAUAAUGCUAGAACUAACAAUAGUAAUGAAAAUAGAAUCACUGAGCUUGUUUCUCCAAAGCCAAAGACCAAAAGAAUAAAAAAAGAAAGAAAGAAUACGAAAACUGUUACCACUACAUUACCAAACUCACAAUUUGUAAUGGAACCUCUUUCAGAGUUUCGUGUAUCUUCACCUCCACCUUCCCAUCCUUCAAAUAUGUCAUUACUAAAUGAUACUAAAUCUACGCUUUUCAAUGGACCAUCGCAAGUUAUCUCAAAUGAAAGUCAAAAUAAUAUAGUUUCUCCAAACCCAGUCAAUCAAGACAUUGUAAAUGUUAAUAAUUCAAACAACCAAAUGGAACCACAUUUUGAAUCCGAAGAUGAAUUAUCGUUGUUAGAUGAAAUGUCUCUAAAUAAGAAAGAGGAUGGACCUUAUGAAGACGAUCAUGAAGCAACAAUGAAACUCCGUUCUCUUAAGGACACAAUUACACAAUUAAAAUCUAUUCCAAACCCUAAUGCUACCAUCUUGAAAAUGAUCAAGGACAUGAAGAAGCAAAUACAUGAAUAUAUCAACGAAUGGGAACCAAUAAUCGAUUUAAAUAAACUACCUCAAUCAACUAAAUUAGGAAUUAAUGACGGAUCAAAAUCUGUAGAAACAUACUUAAUGAAAAAUAAAUAUAGAAACGAAGUGAAUCUAACAUGUUUCUCAGUUUGGAAAGCAUCACAAUUGGAUUCCACUGCUCCAGAAGACGAACCAGAAAUAUUCUCCAAAUUACCUCUCAUAGAUGACGUAUUUGGUCUGAAUUCACCAUUACAACCUUUGUCAUUACGUGGUAUAGGUUGCCUAUUGCAAAGACGGCUUAUUCGUAAAUCAUCACCUUCAGUAUUGGAAUAUUUGAAACCAACAGUAUAUAUAAUGUUAAGAUUUUUCGAUGUCGUUUGUAUCCAACUAAAUGACGAUUAUGUUUCCAUCGCAAACCCAUUGGAGGAUUUCUUGGAGAAGGCAGAUAAUCCCAUGGGAUCUCCAACAGGCACCGUAUCCAGUUCAACUUUUUCUGCAACAGGUCCUAAAAAUGCUAGUAAUAAAGAGCUAGUAGCUAUUUUAAUUAAUAAAUUACCACAACCAUUCACUGAAAAUUUGACAUCUAUAUCGUCCCAGCAAUUAAUCAUUACUGCAAAUGACGACGAUAUUAAAAUGUUCGGACUUGUCGUUAGUAUAUAUAAUACUCAUAGGUUGGCAUUCGAUGAUUUCAUGCUGAAUAUGACAUCCGAUUCUAACCUUGAAGAUAAAUCAAAAUAUGUCGAGGAUUACACUCAUUUAAUUGAAAUGGAUAAUAUUCUGUUGCCAAUUUGUUAUGCAUAUUAUAAUGCUACUUUGUAUCAUUUGGAUGAUUAUAAUAGCUUAGAAUAUUUGGAUGUUUUGUUAUCAUUUUUAGAACAUCAAGCAUGGUUAGAUGAGUAUUAUGGUUUGGAGAAAUUCUUAAACGUUGCUGUAAAUUGUGCUAACAAGAUGGGGUUGUUCCGGUGGGAAUAUUACGUUGGUUUCGACGAAGUCACUGCUGAAAGAAGAAGACGUUUAUGGUGGAGACUGUACAACUUGGAAAAGUUUUACUCUUUGAAAACAGGGGAGCUAUCACUAAUUGAUGACGAAAAGAUGAAUUGUUUACUGUUCAAAGAGUUUAGAGAUGUCGGCUUCACAGAUCAUAAAGACUUCCUCUCGAGAGUUAAUUCAAUACCAAGGAAUAGCAUAUUUGAUAAUAUGACGAUUGCUUCGUUGAAAUCUUAUGGGGAAAGUGCCUGUUUACAAGUUACAAGUAAUUUUUUUGCAAAAGUCCUAUACUCUGAACGUUACACAAAUAUUCGAAACAAUGCAAAGCCUCUAUUCUUAAGAAAUAUAUUAUUAAAUGAAGUAAUGGAUGCUCUUGACGCCGUAGCUGAUAAGUUUCAACAUAUUAAGGAGCAUACCUUAAAGCUAUUUAAGAUAGCACAAAACACCCAACAUGUUGUUUCACAGGAGCUUACGAAACAAGAACUUUUACAGGCCACUGAUUAUGUAUUAUUCCAUGAACAUAUUUUUUGCUCUAUAGUGAGUUCCGCCUAUAACGUCAUCACUAGAUUAUCAGAUUGGCCAAGGCCUAAAGGGAUAACAGCAAGACUGAAGACUUAUGGUAUAAAACUUUAUCAUUCAUGGGUUCACAUGGGCGAGCUAAUACAAAAACUAGAUAAUGAUUAUAUGGUAAGGAAAAGCCUUUCGUCAUAUAUUUUAGUGUUUGUUUUAGUAAUCACGAAAACAUUUAUUAAUUCGAAUUUUUUCACACUUCAGGAUAUAAGUCUAACGUUAAAGAUUUUUAAACGCGUGGAAAAUCUAUUCAAUUUCGUUGAGAUUGAUUGCAAAGACAAAGUUCAUUUUUCUCAAAUUUUGAAAGCAUUUUCAAGAGCGUUUUCUUUACUACUUACAUUGACCCGUAUAUUAGUCUUGGACUUUAUGGAUGUUCAUAAUGUAUCUGCGGAAGAGUUGACUAAUCUAAUUAAAACUACUUUCGUUCCAGAUGACGGAAUCAGUGACAUGGUCAACAUUAUAUUAGACUAUAAAUCCCAAAUCUACAAAUAUUUAUUAGAACCAGUUCAAAAAUCAGGUUUCCAUUUGAAUAUUAAACAGAUGUUAGAUGCAUGUGCACCGUCAUUUAAUCAAGAUGAUACUUCACACAAUUUAAAUGCCGUGUCUGCUAACAACCAUUCAUGUCGCCAAUCCAUUAAACUGUAUCCCCCCACCAUUCUCCGGCCAAUAUCUCCCAGUAAAGUGUCGCAACCUGGUGAACAUGAACCGCUGCCACCAAUCACUUCUUUAACUGACGUGAAUGGACUCAGUUUGACUCCAAAUCAAAAGGGAAGCGGAAAUUUAAACUCGCCCAGUCAGCAACAACUAUCAGAUCAAACUCCUUUUAAUUCUAGACAAUCUCGAGAGAUGCUAUUGGAACAAGCUAUGUCAAAAGACGCAUCGUCCGAUUUAACAUCUCAGUUACCACUUACAUUUACUGCGAAUGGUAAUGAGAAUAAUAUUUCGAAAAGUUACAACCUUGGUACCUUGGAAGAAUUUGUCAUGAACACUGAUCUAAAUGAUCUUUACAGUGUUCUCUGGAAUGAUGAAGUUCCAGAAUCGUACAUGGAUUAA